ACCUCUCGUCUCUCUCUCUCCCUCCCCUCGCGUGGCUCUUUCGCCAUACAGCUUGGCAACCUUCGCGUAGCCAUGGCGUUUCCUACCAUUCGGUAGCGCAAGGGAGGAGAAGGCUGGAGGAGGACGGCGAUGAAGACGAUGGCCCUCCAAUUCGAAAAAGGGGAGAGGGACCUCGAAUUGGGACCGGCGAGCCUAAACUACAGCCCGCCAUUUGCUCCCAUCCGCACGAUGGUUCUCUCGCACUCCGGCAGGCGCUUGGACCAAGAGGUGGCGGCGUCCUCCUCGUCGGCGCCCGCCACGCCGGCCCUGGUGCUGUCCAACUCCGGGAAGCGGAUGGACCAGGCGGCGUCGCCGUCUCUAGUUCUAUCCAAUUCCGGGAAGCGGAUGGAUCCCUCGGGGAAGAAGAAAUACGUGAAGCAGGUGACCGGGCGGCACAAUGACACGGAGCUCCACCUCGCGGCGCAUCGCGGGGACCUCGCGGCGGUGCGGCAGAUCCUCGGCGAGAUCGACGCCCAGAUGACGGGGACGGCAAUGGGCGCCGAUUUCGACGCCGAGGUGGCGGAGAUACGGGCGGCCGUGGUGAACGACGUCAACGAGGAGGACGAGACGGCUCUGUUCACGGCAGCCCAAAAAGGGUUUCUCGAUGUGGUGGUCGAGCUGCUCAAGUACACCGACCGAGAGAGCCUCACGAGGAAGAACAGAUCCGGGUUUGACGUUUUCCAUAUCGCCGCUAGAGAAGGGCAUCAAGCAAUUGUUCAGGUACUUUUGGGACAUGAUCCAACUCUUGUCAAAACUUUUGGUCAAUCAAAUGCUACCCCCCUUAUAACUGCAGCAACAAGAGGACACACUGAAGUUGUGAAUCUCUUGCUUGAACAAGAUGAUAGCUUAAUCGAGUUAUCCAAAAAAAAUGGAAAAAAUGCACUGCACUUUGCUGCAAGACAGGGACAUGUGGAGAUUGUAAAAGCAUUGUUGGGAAAGGAUCCACAGCUUGCCAGAAGAACUGAUAAGAAAGGGCAAACUGCUUUGCACAUGGCAGUGAAGGGAACAAGUUGUGAAGUUGUUAAAGCCCUUCUGAAUACAGAUCCAGCUAUUGUUAUGCUACCAGACAGAGCUGCAAACACAGCAUUACAUGUUGCAACAAGGAAAAAACGUGCAGAGAUAGUUCAUCUCCUAGUUCUCCUUCCAGAUAUAAAUGUGAAUGCAUUGACAAGAGACCAUAAAACUGCUUUUGAUAUUGCCGAAGGCCUACCUCUUUCUGAAGAGUCUUCUGAUAUCAAGGACUCCCUAUCUCGUUGUGGAGCAUGCAGAGCCAAUGAACUAAAUCAACCACGAGAUGAGCUACGGAGGACUGUAACAGAGAUAAAAAAAGAUGUUCAUAUACAGCUUGAGCAGACUCGGAAAACAAACAAAAAUGUCAAUGGGAUUGCCAAGGAGCUGAGGAAACUUCACAGAGAAGGCAUUAACAAUGCCACCAACUCUGUUACAGUGGUUGCUGUGCUCUUUGCGACGGUGGCAUUCGCGGCUAUCUUUACAGUGCCUGGUGGAACUGGAGAUGAUGGAGUAGCAGAAGUUGUGCAUAAAGGGUCUUUCAAGAUAUUUUUCAUCUUUAAUGCUAUUGCCCUGUUCACUUCAUUGGCCGUGGUGGUGGUUCAGAUAACACUCGUCAGGGGCGAAACAAAGGCAGAGCGGCGGGUCGUCGAGAUCAUAAACAAGUUGAUGUGGUUGGCUUCCAUCUGCACUACUGUCGCUUUCAUUGCCUCGUCCUAUAUUGUUGUGGGUCGGCAUUUUCAGUGGGCCGCUAUUCUAGUUACGCUAAUUGGUGGACUGAUAAUGGCUGGUGUUCUUGGCACCAUGACUUUCUACGUCGUGAAAUCAAAGCGGACUCGUUCUAUCAGGAGGCGAGAGAAAUCCAUGAGGAGCACUUCAAACUCAUGGCAUCACAACCAUGAGUUCUCUGAUUCUGAAGUCGAUAGGAUUUACGCCAUCUAAAUCGAGGAUAAACCUCAGUUUUUGCGUCCUUAUACAUCUGAUCUCUGUUUUAUGUGAACUCUUUGUUGCUACAUGUCCUAAGAAAUCCCAGCUGAUGUUGGUAUUACAUUAAGGCUGUAUGGAUUACAGUUUGCUGCCAUGAACUUGUAUCUGAUAGUUUUGUCUGAGUUCUCUUAGCAUGCCACUGCAGAAAUGGAUAAUCUGCAGCUCUUAUUAAACUUCUCA